CUGCUGUGAGAGGCUGCUGAUAUGCGCCUGAGCGCGCUGCGCGUUCUCGAGAUCAUCUCUGUGAACGAGCCUGCAUCGCCUAUGACUGUCCUCUUUUACCUUUUCUCCUAAAAUAAGGACAAACACACGGAAAUAAGAUGACAGGAAUAAACCAGUUGGUUGCAACCUGCUGGACUUGCCUCCUGCUCUCUGCUUUCCUGUGUGAGCCAGUGCUAGCCAAGGGCGGUCGUGGAGGUGCCCGGGGCUCCUCUCGAGGUUCCUCCUCCCGCAGCUCCACAGCUGGGAAUUACCGGGGAACAGGCUCAUAUGGUGGAACUCGCUCUCGCUUCAGGUCGGCAGGGCGGUCGUCCCCAGUGAGGGUGGCGGCAGCAGCAGCAGCAGGGGCAGCAGUGGCGUUAACAGCAGAUAAAUGGUACGCCUCUGCCUACCGCCGCAGCAACGCUGACAACUCAGAGGAGGAGCUGGAUUUCUACAACAGGACCAAUUACUUUGAUGCAUUGAUGUCAGGCUACUCUCAAAAUGGAUCUUCUCUGUCUCAACUGGUUUCUAUUAUUAUUGCAACAUUUUCCCCAAAGUAUGGACUCCUACUGGACAGUUUACUGUAAAAAUUCAGGUUACUCUUUUUAGAAAUAAUCCCAGAUUCAGGCUCAAAUCUGUUUAUGUGUGGGACUGGCUACUACCUGUUCUGGGAAGAACAAUUAGAGGUGCAACAUGGCGUGUUAAGAGAAAACAAUAACAAAUAACAUCACUGUACUGUAUGUUUUUGCACAUAUAUCAUUCAUACCAACAGACAAAUGUACAUUACCAGCACAGUAAUCUACGUGACAUUUCACCUCUCAAAGAGUGUGUCUUUGUGAAACCUCCUUAACUCCCUGUGUUGGGCUAAACUUGAGUCAGUUUCUUUACCUAAACCCUGAUUCCUGUGACUGAGGGAAAUGUUUUUAACAGUCAGUUCACCACCUCGGGGUUGCUGCCUUUGUAUCUGAUGCAACGCUAAGGGUGGGAAGCUCAAAUUCUUCCAUAAUGACGUGCUACAGAUUUUAAGAACGUUGUAAAUCUGAAAAAACGCUGUCAUAUUA